UUGGUCCCUCGCCGUCUCCUUUGGCCCCGCUCAUCAGCGACUGAGGCGCUUCUCGGUCCGGCGACGGCGGAGCGGUGCGGAGUCUCCCCUGAGGCGAGGCGCGAUGUUCCGGCGGAAGCUGACGGCGCUCGACUACCACAACCCGGCCGGGUUCAACUGCCGAGAUGAAACUGAAUUCCGAAAUUUUAUUGUUUGGCUUGAAGACCAGAAGAUCCGGCACUACAAAAUUGAAGACCGAGGGAAUUUAAGAAACAUCCACAGUGCCACAGAAUGGUCAAAGUCCUUUGAAAAGUACCUUAAAGAUGUGAAUUGCCCCUUCACCGUACAAGAGCGACAAGAAACCAUUGAUUGGCUUCUGGGAUUGGCGGUUAGGCUUGAGUAUGGGGACAAUGCUGACAAGUAUAAGGACUCCACGCCUGAGGGGGCUAAAAAUACAGAUAAUGCGGCCAAAAAUGCAGAACCCCUGAUAAACUUGGAUGUGAACAAUCCUGACUUCAAGACAGGCGUGAUGGCUUUGGCGAACCUCCUACAGAUCCAGCGUCACGAUGACUACUUGGUGAUGCUGAAGGCAAUUCGCAUCUUGGUUCAAGAGCGCUUGAGUCAGGAUGCCGUCGCAAAGGCAAAUCAGUCAAAAGAGGGUUUGCCCGUCGCCUUAGACAAGCACAUUCUUGGCUUUGACACAGGAGACGCUGUUCUCAAUGAAGCUGCUCAGAUCCUUCGGCUGCUGCAUAUAGAAGAGCUCCGUGAGCUGCAGACGAAGAUCAAUGAAGCCAUCGUAGCGGUCCAGGCAAUUAUCGCCGAUCCAAAAACUGAUCACAGACUGGGCAAAGUUGGGAGAUGAGCGAACGAAAGGCUUCUGGCUUUCCCGUGUUGCUGGCACAGAGUGAGGGGACUUUUCCAAACCUAGCAUGCAAUUCGGAGAGGGUACCGCUCCCGCGUUUGGAAAGAGAACAGCGGCAAGCGCCAGCACACCGACUAAAUAUCAUUUUCCUUGACAUAAAUAAAGCUUGGAUGAAACGGA